AUGGCUGUCAGAUUCCCACGACUGGGCAUGCGCUCCCUGAGCCAAGCAAUAUACCAAAUAAAUCGAACGCCGUCCCGAUUAUCCCCACGGAAUCUGACAACGGUCACCCGUCCUUCCUCAAUACUCCGCCACAAACCUCUCCCAAAUGUCAUAUCUCGAAUCAACACCACUACCGCCACUACCACCCCACCAACCUCUCAAAUCCCACCUGAAAUUUAUGAACCCCCAAAGUCGGGCCUACUCUCCCACUUCCCCCGGAAAACAAUCCCUUAUGCAGAGCUUAUCCGCCUCGACAAGCCAACAGGGACAAUCUACCUCUUCCUCCCAUGCCUCUGGUCAACACUCCUCGCUGGAACCCUCACGGAUCCAGUAACUCCCCUUCCAACAGUUCUCGGUACGACCUUCCUCUUCGCCACUGGCGCGCUGAUCAUGCGUGGAGCCGGCUGCACAAUUAACGACCUCUUGGACCGCAACAUAGACCUGCACGUCUCGAGGACCAAGUUCCGACCGAUCGCCCGCGGCGCAAUAACGCCGUUCAAUGCUCUGGCAUUCACAUGCGUACAGCUACUCGCGGGAUUGGCCGUGCUCGUGCAGUUCCCGGCCCAGACGAUAAUCUGGGGGAUUCCGUCGCUGGCGGUGGUGACCGUGUACCCGCUCAUGAAGCGGGCCACGCAUUACCCGCAGUUUGUGCUUGGGUUGGCAUUUUCCUGGGGUGCGUUGCUGGGUUUCCCGGCCCUGGGGCUAGGACUGGAUGGGCCGGUUAUGGCCACCGCUGCGUGUUUGUAUGGGAGUAAUGUUGCCUGGACGGUGGUGUAUGAUAUUGUCUAUGCACAUCAAGAUGUUAGGGAUGAUGUUAAGGCGGGGGUAAAGUCGAUUGUUGUCAAGCAUGAGGCGUAUACGAAGUAUCUUAUGUCUGCGCUUGGGGCUGCGCAGGUUGGUUUACUGGCAAGUGCGGGGGCAGUGGCUGGUUGUGGGCCAGUGUUUUACUUGGUUUCUUGUGGUGGGGCGGCGGGGAGUUUGGCUUAUAUGAUUCGGAAGGUGAAUCUUAAGGAUGUCAAAGAGUGCUGGUAUUACUUCGAGUGGUGUGCAUGGGCUGUGGGAUUUUUUGCUGUCGGGGGAGGGCUUUUUGGAGAGUAUAUGGCUGUGAGAAGCGGGCUAUAUGGAGGGGAGGGGUUAUGGGGCCUUGGAGGCAGUCGGCACAGGGCGUUUCAAAGGGUUCAAAACAAGGAUGGGUAG